AUGUACGGUAGGAUCCGUUCCAUUGGGAAGACGAGUUUCUCCAGCACCGGCGUUGCGAGGCUCGUGUCUUCACUCGCUUCCACGGAUACGUCAUCGGUAGCAAAUCGGAUUAGCUUGAAGGAGAUAAUCAGAAAGAGCGGUCCACGACGCAGCGUCUCCUCCCUGCUUCAGGAACGCGUCGACUCGGGCCACGCCGUCACGUUAUCGGAGCUCCGAUUGAUCUCCAAGCGGCUCAUUCGAUCCAAUCGCUGCGAUCUCGCACUCCAGAUGAUGGAGUGGAUGGAGACUCAAAAAGAUGUGCAGCUAAGUGCAUAUGACCAUGCUCUUAGACUGGAGCUAAUCAUCAAAAACAAUGGCUUGAAAGACGCAGAGGAAUAUUUUGAGCAGCUACAGAGCUCUGCUUCCUCCCUGAAAGUAGCGAAAUCAGCUUAUCUUCCUCUUCUUCGUGGUUACGUUAAGGAGAAAUUGGUGAAGGAAGCUGAGGCUCUCAUGGAGAAGUUGAACGGAUUGGGGUUUCUUGUCACUCCACACCCAUUCAAUGAGAUGAUGAAGCUCUAUGAAACCACUCACCAGUAUGAGAAAGUAGUUAUGGUUAUCACGAUGAUGAAAGGGAACAAGAUACCGAGAAAUGUUCUCUCGUACAAUCUCUGGAUGAACGCAUGCUCUGAAUUAUCUGGCGUUGCAGCUACGGAAAGUGUUUACAGGGAAAUGGUUGGUGAUAAGUGUGUGGAAAUUGGCUGGAGCUCGCUGUGUAGUCUGGCUAAUGUCUAUGUUAAAGGUGGUUUUGAUGAGAAGGCUAAUUUGGUGCUUGAGAGAGCAGAGAAGACGUUGAACAGAAGCAAUAGGCUUGGAUAUUUCUUCCUCAUCACACUCUAUGCCGCUUUAGGAAACAAGGAAGGAGUUGUUCGUCUGUGGGAAGCUUCGAAGUCUGUUUGUGGUAGGAUUACUUGUGCAAACUACAUAUGCGUGUUGUCAUCUUUGGUGAAAAUCGGUGAUCUUGCAGAGGCUGAGAGGGUGUUUAGUGAGUGGGAAGAAAAUUGCUGUAACUAUGAUGUUAGAGUGUCCAAUGUUCUUUUGGGUGCUUAUGCGCGCAAUGGACAAAUCCGCAAAGCCGAGUCAUUGCACAGCCGUGUGUUGGAGAGAGGAGGUAGUCCAAAUUUCAAGACUUGGGAGAUUUUGAUGGAGAUGUAUGUGAAGUGUCAAAGUAUGGAGAAAGCCGUUGAUGCUAUGCGCAAAGGAUUUGAACUCAUGAAGCACUGUCAUUGGAGACCUUCCCAAAACGUUGUCAUGGCGAUUGCCGAGUACUUUGAGAAGGAGGAGAAGAUUGAGGAAGCAAACACAUAUGCUAGAGAAUUACAUCGUCUUGGUCUUACAAGCUUGCCUUUAUACAGAUUGUUACUUAGAAUGCAUGAACAUGCUCAGAGGCCAGCUUUUCGCAUCUAUGAAAUGAUGAAGUUGGACAAAAUUCGGAUAGAUGAGUUUCAAGUGCAAGUGUAA